UUGGAAAGGCAUUCUGUUCCGCGAGUGUCAGAGGACCGGUCAGAGGACCGGUUAUAACCGAGGCUCCUGGGUGUCCGCUCAGCCCCCGAAAGGGCGCCAUUCCGACACUGAGCCCAGAGCAGUGCGGGACAGUGGAGCCUGCACACUUUUCACCGUGGGAUCCCACAAAGGCUUUCCUGAGUCUGCAGCCCGGGCCCCUCCUGGGGCCGUCCAGCUCUACCAGCCCUUCGAGGGCGUGGGAGAGGAAGGGCCGCGCUCCCGGGGCGGGCGGAGGCGGGCGCUGGGCCUCGGGGUGGGGACUGAGUGAGGGGCACCACGGCGCAGUCAGUCCAGAACGGCCCAGACACCAGCGCGCGGCGACGGUGAGAACCCAGCGGAGUCCCGUCCGCUUCUCUGAACUUCCAGCAGCCAGAGUGGGAACUCCAGCCGGCUCAACACUACACUACGCCCCGCCUCCAAGGGGGGCCCCUGCGAAGUCCAAGAAAAAAAAUUGGGGAAUCUACCCAGAGGGUACUUGGCUGGAACGGACACCUCUCCACUGCUCUGUCUCACUGUCGGGGAAAACUUCCCAGCUCAGGCUUUGCCCUUUAGGGCAGGGGUGGGUCGGGAAGGUUGAACUCCGUGAGCCUGGUUACACCCGCGCGCAGGCAAGAGAGGGGUUCAGCCUUGCUCCUUGUCUCAGGGGACCGGGGCGGGGGUUGGGGGGGGGGGCGGAUUCUGGAAGGAAUCAGCAUGUUAGAAAGGCGGGAUCCAGGGCUAAGCAAAGGUGGAGUCAGGCCGCCUUUGUGGACGAUGAAAGGGUGAGGGGCAAGGUUUUUGAGCAUUGUUUCUGUGUGGGACAAUUUCAGGCAAACUAGAACUAACCUGGAAGAGAUGGUACAAGUCCCCUCCUGGGGCCCCAGGUGUUCCCCCUCUUCUUGUGACCUCUUCCCCCAUGCACCUCUUGCUGCCUGGAGCAGGGGUGUUGCUGUUCCAGGAAGUGGCUACUCUGGCCCUGAGUGUGAAUGGCCCAUCCUGGCUGCCUUCCACAGGAAACCUGACCUGACGGACCGAGCAGGAAGGAAACAGACUGUGCCACCAAUGUCGGUGCUGAACUCUGGUUGGUCCUACCAAGGGGAGAGCUGCCCCGCUCAGGAGCCAAGUCUGCCAGUGAACCUAGACGGUGACCCAGGCCGCCUGCCGGAGGGGGACCCUGAGGAGGCCUCUGCUCAGCAUCCUGCCGGUCCACGCCGGGGGCUCCCUGACCUGGACACCAACCCAGCUGCCAACUGGCUCGGGCUCCCGACGCUCCUGCGGCAGCUCCCUCCACAGGACAGCAAUGAACAAUACUGCCUGGCCCUUGGUGAGGAGGAGCUGGCUGAGCUGCGGCUCUUUCGUGCCCAGCGGAGGCGGGAGGCCCUGGGACAGGGGGUGGCGUAUCUGGUACCUCCCAAGCUCAAAGAAUGCACCUGUGAGAAGUGCAGGGAGACGCUGAGGCCGGGGGAAUAUGGAGUGUUUGCAGCCCUGGCAGGAGAGCGGCACUGCUGGCACCGGGCUUGUUUUGCCUGCCAGGCCUGUGGCCAGGCCCUGAUAAACUUCAUCUACUUCUACCACGAUGGGCAUCUCUACUGCGGCCGUCAUCACGCUGAGCUGCUGAGGCCACGCUGCCCCGCUUGUGACCAGCUGAUCUUCUCCCGGCGCUGCACUGAGGCAGAGGGACAGCGCUGGCACGAGAACCACUUCUGCUGCCAAGACUGCGCUGGGCCCUUGGGCGGAGGACGUUAUGCCCUGCAGGGGGGCGGCCCGUGCUGCCCCAGCUGCUUUAGGAGUCGGUAUUCGGAUGUCGGCUCCAGCCCGGCCGCGACACUAGAAGGAAGGCCGUCCCUUGGGGAGGCGGGGCUCGGCAGAAUAGAAGGAGGGAACAAUGACCCACUACACUUCGCGACCACCAUCUCCGGAGCAGCCCUCAAUGCUGUCGCCAGCUCCAGUCCGGAAAUUCAGAGGGUGCUGCUUGGAACCAGCCCGGAGCAGGAAUGCCGAGCAGGGGACAAGGCUGAGGCACCCAAAGGGGGAGAGCAGGGCCCCCUAGAGACGCCCGCUGAUCCCAAGGAGGACGCCCCCUGCCCCACCUGUUCCUCUUCCUCUGACUCAGAACCCGAAGGCUUUUUCUUUGGCCAGCGCCUUCCCCUGCCCUGCAAGACCCCCAGAAACCUGCAAGCUGAGGGCAGUGACACCUCCAGGAAGCACUGCACCAUUUGCUAGUUGCGCGGCCCGGAGAAGGGGGAGUCAGGGGAGGGAUGAUCUGUAAGGCUUUAGACGCAGACUCUUCUCCCCGAUAAAAAUCCUCAACUGAGUGCAAAUAGGGACACGCCUGGUAAAGGGGGCGAGAUGACAAACUUGAGUACUCCCUCUUCAGCCUGCGCAUUCUGUGACUUUUCACGGAGACUUUCCUUGGGGAACCCCAUUCUCCAAAGUUACGCAGCCACUGCCGAGCUAGCUCGUAUUCCGACACGACUGGCUAGGACGGCUCGAUCCCCAGCAUCCUCCUCCGGAGCCAAUGAAAUGAUCACUCAGAAACCACGUGUGAUGUGAGCGGCUUGACGAGCCGAAGGCCUGCAGAGUGCCGGAGGUGGAACCGGACUAGGGACGGUAGAACCCGGCAUCGCCCCUCUUGCAGAGUUCGUGGGCGCUCGGCCCUGGAGUGAUAACUAUUACGCGGACGACCCACUCCGCUCUAGCUACGGCGCCCUCUGCUGCCAGUAGCAGGCCAAAGGGCUAGGCCGGAAAUUGCGUCAUCCGCUUGCGCCGACACGUUUGCGUCAGAGGCCUUACAGAGCGCUCAGGGCAUGCUAUGGCUUCCAGUGGGGUCAGUGUAAAUGCUGGCGGCUCGGCAAAUGAAGUUUCCGAAAUUCCAGACAACGUGGGGGAUUGGCUUCGGGGCGUCUACCGCUUCGCCACCGAUAGGAAUGACUUCCGGAGACACAUGGAACCCAUGCUGUACUUGAACCUUCCAAGCACAGAGCCUCCAGCCUGUGACCAUCACAAGACUUGGCCCGAUGGCAGCUGAAGUGUGAUUCAGAGGGGUACCUUCCCUGCAUGAUUUCUUUCUUUGCUGAGUCUACUCAGAACUCCAUUGUCUGGUCAGCAGUCAUGCUUCAGCUCAAGUGUUGUCCUCUGUUUUAUAAAGUUCUGCACAUAGUUCCUAAGUUUCCACAGGGGGUGAUUUUUGCUUGUCUUGAGGAAUAACCUGAUGGCAUUUUAACAGUUACUCGAAAUAAAGACUACACACAAA